AUUUUGGAAUGGAGGCUGCACCAAAAUAGGAACGUUAGCUGUUUGGCAUCAUGUGGUACCAAAUUAGAAAAAAAGAAAGCGUAGUCAACCAUCCACCGCAGGAGACUGGGGGAAUGUUACGCUUUCCUGGAUACACAAUCAUCAUUGUAGGGAUAUUGAUACUCACCGGACAUACAUUUAUUGGAUCUCAACGGCAAAGAUUGGAUUAUUUUACGCUGUAAAACUUGAAGUUUUAGUUCACAUGUUUCAGCGCUUGUUUUAUCAGAGUGGCUGAAGACUCACGGAACAAGUAAUGGACCAGAACCUGUUUGGAGGGGCCCCCAGAUUCCUCACGCGGCCCAAAGCGUUCGCAGUGUGCGUGGGCAAGGAUGCCACUCUAAGCUGCACCAUCGUGGGCAACCCCACCCUACUGAUUACCUGGGAAAAGGAGAAGCUACGUCUGACCUCUGGGGGCCGCUUCAAGACGGUGGAUGAUGGUAAUGUCUACCGCCUCACCAUCUACGAUCUAACCCUGGAAGACAGCGGCCUGUACAUGUGCCGGGCCAAAAACAACGUCGGGGAGGCAUACGCAUGUGUAACCCUUCAUGUAGGCCUUCCACAGGAGAUGGUGGAGAGGGCCCCCGUCUUCAUGGUCAAGCCUACCUCUGCACGCGUGGGUCUGGGGGGCGAUGUGGUCUUCCACUGCCGGGUUGCUGCUUACCCAGAGCCCAAAUUUGACUGGGAUAAGGACGGGCGUUACCUAGCCGAGACAAACCGCAUCAAGGUGUCCUCGGACGGCGACAGCAGCUCCCUGAGGAUCCAGAGCGUGCGCAGCCUAGACAGCGGCAUGUAUACCUGCCGCGCCCAGAACUCGGUGGGCAGGUCGAACUCUGCCGCCACCUUGGUCAUAGACACCCAGGACUCCCGUCACCUGGGCCAGGACAAGAGCACCUCCCUCCUCUCCCACAUGCAGAAGCGUAAAGAAGGGAUCUCCAUCUACCGCGCAGCAGAGACCAGCAGCUCCUCUCACAACUCCACCACCACCUCUUCCACGGCCACCACUAUGGUCACAGACGGGCUGAGCGGUCUGGGUCUGGACCACGGCAGCGCAGCACUGAUCAGCCAGCUACCCAAAAGCGUCUUCACCCGCACCUGCACGGUGACUGAGGGCAAGCAUGCCAAGCUCAGCUGCUUCGUGACGGGUCACCCCAAGCCUCAUAUCAUCUGGAGGAAGGAUGGGACGAACAUCGGCGAGGGACGAAGGCACAUCAUGUAUGAGGACCAGGCCGAGAAUUUCAUCCUCAAGAUCCUGUACUGCAAGCAGAGCGACAAUGGCCUGUACACCUGUAAUGCCUCCAAUAUGGCUGGACAAACCUACAGUGCUGUGCUGGUGAUUGUUAAAGAGCCCAAGGUGCCGUUCAGGAGGAAGCUGCAGGAUGUGGAGGUCCAGGAGAAGAUGACGGCCAUGCUGCUGUGUGAGGUGCCCGUUUCGGCUAGCCAGGCCAGCUGGUUCAUGGAGGAGACACGUCUGGAGGACAGCUCCAAGUACUGCAUGGAGGAGGAGGGGACCAUGCGUCGCCUCACCAUCCGCAAUGUCACCACUAAUGAUGAUGCCGUCUACAUCUGCGAGAUGAAGGAGGGGAGCCGCACCGUAGCCGAGCUCACUGUGCUGGGGAACAUCAUUAAGAAGCUUCCCAGGAGGACUGUAGUGUCGGUGAGUGAUACAGUGAUCUUCUGCGUUGAGCUGGAGCACCCCAGUUCUGACACCUACUGGACACGCAACGGCGAGCGUCUGAAGCCGGACACACGGAUAUCCAUUGCGUGCACCCUCAGACAGUACACGCUAACCAUCAGCCACUGCCAGGCCGACGACUCAGGAGAGGUGGCCUUUGUGGCUGGAGACUGCAAGACCUCCACACGAUUCUCUGUCGCGGCUGCCAGAAAGCACCCUCCAGAUCCCCCUAUCGACGUGGUGGUGCGUAACAAGACCGACUCGUCCAUCACCCUCCACUGGUCCCCCCCAGACAGUGACCGCCCCGUGCCCAUCAAAGGGUACAUGGUAGAGAGGAGGAAGGUGGGUGCCCAGACCUGGCAGAGGUGCAAUGGCAUGGAGAUCAGCCCCUUUACUGAGAUCACGAUCCAGAAUAUCACAGAGGAGGCCAGCUACCAGUUCCGCAUCUCCGCAGUCAACGACUACGGCCAGAGUCAAUACAUGGAGGUGCCUGGCACCUUCUACCUCGAGCCCUCUGCAGAGGUGAAGACUGGCCUGAUGAACAGCACAGCCAUCUCAGGCGAGGAGGCCUCCCUCUCCGUGGACCUGUCUGCCGUGUGCUCUGGCUUCUGGUCUAUCAACGGCUGCCUCCUGCGGAGUGGGGCUGACUACCUCAUCACACGCCAAAAGACCACACAUACGCUGACGAUCCGAACUGUCUUGAUGGAGAUGAAUGGAGCCGUGAUCAAAUUUGUGGGCGGUGGCUCCGAGAGCACUUGUAUACUCCAAGUGAAGGCUCCAGCUAUCCGGUUCACCAGUAAGUCCACUCACACUGAGGUGGUGACCUGCAGCGCCCAGUCCUCCGCCCAGCUGGCCACAGAGGUGUCCGAUUAUGAUGCUCAGGUGGUCUGGAUGAAGAAUGGACGGGAGCUGAAGAUGGGCAAGAAGUAUGAGUGCAUAAGCACCGACCGCAAGAGGAUCCUGAUGGUGCACAACGUCACCGAAGAGGACACGGGAAUCUAUGAGUGUGUCUUAAAUGAAGACCGAAUGUCCCUGCAGCUUUCUCUAAAAGAUGAAGCCAAGUUCCUGAACAAGCCCAGGGGUCCCAUCGGGGUGGCGCCUGCCCUCAACGGGGACCUUGAGUUGAGCUGUGAGGUGUCGUCUGCAAGCGCGGUGGUGGUGUGGAGGAAGGAUCAGACAUUGGUCACUGAGGACCAAACAACCACCAUCGUCUCCAAAGGGACACAGAGGAGACUGGUCAUCAAGAAUGCCAAGAAGAGUGACGAGGGACACUACUCCUGCGAGACAGUCGAGGACAAAGUCACAUUCCAGGUCAAAAUAAAAGAAGCCCAGGCUGUCUUCUCCAACAAGGAGUCUGUACAGAAGGAGGUGAAAGCUACUCUCUCCCAGAAAGCCACUCUGAGCUGUGAAGUGUCCGACCCAAAGACUGAGGUGAAAUGGUACAAGGAUGGCAAGCUGCUGACUUCCACUGAGACAGUCUCCACGGAGACAAAGGGCAGGAGUCGUCUGUUGGUAGUAGACAAAAUUGAGAAGAAGGAUGCUGGAGAGUACACCUGUGAGGCUAGAGCAGAGAAGCUGGACUUUAAAAUACAUGUUUCAGAAACCCAACAGGCUGUCUUCACCAACAAGGAGUCUGUACAGAAGGAGGUGAAAGCUACUCUCUCCCAGAAAGCCACUCUGAGCUGUGAGGUGUUUGACACCAAGACAGAGGUGAAAUGGUACAAGGAUGGCAAGCUGCUGACUUCCAGUAAGACAGUCUCCAUGGAGACAAAGGGCAAGACUCGUCAGCUGGUGAUAGAGAAGGUGGAGAAGAAGGAUGCUGGAGAGUACACCUGUGAGGUUGGAGCAGAGAAACUGGCCUUCAAGAUUCAGGUGACAGAAGCCCAGGCUGUCUUCACCAAAAAGGAGUCUGUACAGAAGGAGGUGAAAGCUACUCUCUCCCAGAAAGCCACUCUGAGCUGUGAGGUGUCUGACACCAAGACAGAGGUGAAUUGGUACAAGGAUGGCAAGCUGCUGACUUCCAGUAAGACAGUCUCCAUGGAGACAAAGGGCAAGACUCGUCAGCUGGUGAUAGAGAAGGUGGAGAAGAAGGAUGCUGGAGAGUACACCUGUGAGGUUGGAGCGGAGAAACUGGUCUAUAAGAUUCAGGUGGCAGAAGCACAACAGGCUGCCUUCUCCAACAAGGAGUCUGUACAGAAGGAGGUGAAAGCUACUCUUUCCCAGAAAGCCACUCUGAGCUGUGAGGUGUCCGACACCAAGACAGAGGUGAAAUGGUACAAGGAUGGCAAGCUGCUGACUUCCAGUAAGACAGUCUCCAUGGAGACAAAGGGCAAGACUCGUCAGCUGGUGAUAGAGAAGGUGGAGAAGAAGGAUGGUGGAGAGUACACCUGUGAGGUUGGAACAGAAAAGCUGGCCUUCAAGAUACACGUGACAGGAGAAACUCAGGCUGCCUUCUCCAACAAGGAGUCUGUACAGAAGGAGGUGAAAGCUACUCUCUCCCAGAAAGCCACUCUGAGCUGUGAGGUGUCCGACACCAAGACAGAGGUGAAAUGGUACAAGGAUGGCAAGCUGCUGACUUCCAGUAAGACAGUCUCCAUGGAGACAAAGGGCAAGACUCGUCAGCUGGUGAUAGAGAAGGUGGAGAAGAAGGAUGCUGGAGAGUACACCUGUGAGGUUGGAGCAGAGAAAGUGGCCUUCAAGAUACAGGUGGCAGAGACUGCCUUCUCCAACAAGGAGUCUUUACAGAAGGAGGUGAAAGCUACUCUUUCCCAGAAAGCCACUCUGAGCUGUGAGGUGUCCGACACCAAGACAGAGGUGAAAUGGUACAAGGAUGGCAAGCUGCUGACUUCCAGUAAGACAGUCUCCAUGGAGACAAAGGGCAAGACUCGUCAGCUGGUGAUAGAGAAAGUGGAGAAGAAGGAUGCUGGAGAGUACACCUGUGAGGUUGGAGCGGAGAAACUGGUCUAUAAGAUUCAGGUGGCAGAAGCACAACAGGCUGCCUUCACCAACAAGGAGUCUGUACAGAAGGAGGUGAAAGCUACUCUUUCCCAGAAAGCCUCUCUGAGUUGUGAGGUGUCCGACACCAAGACAGAGGUGAAAUGGUACAAGGAUGGCAAGCUGCUGACUUCCAGUAAGACAGUCUCCAUGGAGACAAAGGGCAAGACUCGUCAGCUGGUGAUAGAGAAGGUGGAGAAGAAGGAUGCUGGAGAGUACACCUGUGAGGUUGGAGCGGAGAAGUUGGCCUUCAAGAUAGAGGUGGCAGAAUCCUCUGCCAAGUUUAAAAAAACUGCAGUGAAGGAUAUAUGCAGUGUUGAAGCAAGUGAGAAGAUUGUUUUGACCACUGAGCUGACUUCGGAGAGUGCCAGUGUUAAGUGGUUCAGGGAUGGUGUGGAGUUGAAGGAGAGCUCUAAGUAUGACAUGAAGAGAGAGGGACAUUCUCGUACCCUGAUUGUGAAGUCCACUGAAGUCAAAGACAGUGGCACCUACUCUUGCCACACUGCUGACGACAAGCUUGAGUUCAAAGUUCAAGUCAAAGAUUCACCACUGAAGUUUGUGGUGCAGUUGCAGCCUGUAGCCACAGAGCUGGGUGGUACACUGACCCUGACCUGUGAAAUGAAUCGAGCCUUAGGGGACGUGCUCUGGCGCCACAACAGCUGUGAGGUCAAACCCGGCGGCAGGUUCUGUGUCAGCACUGAUGGUCCCAAGCGGGUCCUUACUGUGACAGGAAUGGCAAAAGAGGAUGAGGGAGAAUACAGCUGUGAAUGCAAAGAUGAUAAGACCUCUGCCAAGGUCUCCACCAAAGCACCCAGACUGGUGAAGCUGACUUCCAAGCUGAGCAACGUCGCUGCUGUGGAGGGGAAGGAGGCCAUCUUCAAGUGUAGUGUCACCCCAGCUGACGUCAAAGUGAAAUGGUUCUGCAACAACGUGCCCAUCACUGCUGGGCCCAAAUAUAAGAUUGAGCAUGGGGGCACCUGCCACUCCCUCACCAUCACCUCAGUCAGUCAGGAUAAUGCUCAGGAGAUCAGCAUUGAUGCAGAGGGAAAAACCUGCAGUGCUACCCUCCAAGUGCAACUGGAGCCGGUGAUGUUCAAGAAGAAGCUGGAGAAUGUGAUGGCGGUGGAGGAUCAGAAGGAGGUGAAGCUGGAGGUAGAGCUGAGUAAGCCCUCUAAAGAGGUCAGGUGGAUGAAGAACAGCGUGGUGCUACAGCCUGGAGGUAACAUGGUGAUCAGGGUGGACGGAGCCAAGCAGACCCUGGUCUUUAAGACUGUGACUACGGCCGACCGUGGCUACUACUCCUGUGAGACCCUGGAUGACAAGACCCAGGCCAAACUCACAGUGGAUGUGAAGAAGAUUGAGGUGGUGAACGGCCUGCUGCCGGAGGUCAAGGCCCAUGAGAAGGAGACAGUGACCCUUGAGGUGGAGCUCAGCCAGGCUGACGUGGAGGGCUCCUGGACCAGGGACAGCAUCAAGCUCAAGGCAGGGUCCAACUGCCGCAUCACAGCCCUGGGAAAGAAGCACGCCCUCACACUAUCCCAAAUCAAGAUGGAGGACGCAGGAACAAUUGCCUUCCAAGCAGAGGGGGUCAAAACUUCUGCCAAACUCAUUGUUACAGAACCUGCGGCUAUGAUCUCUAAACCCAUGGAGGAUGUCAAAGCCCCAGAGAAGGAGAAGGCUACGCUUGAGUGUGAGGUGUCCAGAACUAAUGCUGAGGUCAAGUGGUUCAAGGGUGACAUGGAACUAAAACCAGGAAAGAACUUUCGCAUCCACUCCCAGGGCCGGACACGCAGCCUGCUAAUCCACAAAUGUUCCAAAGAGGAUGAGGGCACAUACGUCUGCCAAACGUCUGAUGACAACACAUCAGCUAAACUCACUAUUCAUGCCCGAGACAUUAAAAUAGUGAAGAAGCUUGAGGACGUGGAGGUGAUGGAGAAGGAGAGCGCUUCGUUCUUCUGUGAGAUCUCUCACGAUGAAGUGGACUGCCAGUGGUUCAAAGGUGACACCAAACUCAAAGUCGGUGACAACAUCAAGAUGAGACAAGAGGGUAAAAUCUAUGUGCUGCUGUUUAAGUCGGUGACCCCAGAAGACAUUGCUGAGAUUAAAUUCACAGCUGAAAAGGCCUCUUCAACAGCCAAACUGACAGUGAAAGAGCUCCCUGUCCAGUUUGUGAAGAAGCUCAGGGAUAAGUUAGCCUUGUAUACACACCGUGGGUUCUUGGAAUGCCAAGUGUCCCGGGCCAGCGCCAAGGUCACGUGGUACAAGAACAAGAAGGAGAUCAAGCCCAGCAAGAAGCACGAGAUCAGCAGUGAGGGUAUAUACCGCAAACUCACCAUAAACGACGUGGGCUCGGAUGAUGAGGAUAUUUACACCUGUGACGCCAUCGAUGACAAGACAUCCUGUAAACUUCUUGUGGAAGAGCAGGCCAUCAGCAUCGUACGGGAGCUAAGUGCCGUGGAAGUGACCGAGCCCUUUGCCGCCUUCUUCGAGGUGGAGAUCAACAUCGACUCAGUCAAGCCCCCCAAGUGGACCCUGAAUGGUGUGGCCGUGCAGGAGAGCAUUGACGUGGAGAUGGAGAAGGAGGGCUCCAUGCACCGCCUCACCUUCAAGAAGACCAAGGCCUCCAUGACAGGACCUGUCCAGUUCAUGGCUGGCAAGAGCAAGUCUGUGGCCCAGCUUACUAUCAAAGAGCGUCCUCUUGAGGUGGUAGAGCCCAUUAAAGAUGUGACAGUCAAGGAGAAGGGCUCAGCCACUCUGAGCUGCAAGUUCUCCGCCGCACCCAAAGAGGUGAGCUGGUUCAAAGGGCAAACCCUCCUGGAUGCUUCAGACAAGUACAGCCUGAAACAGGACGCUGUGAGGGCUCAGCUGACAAUCCAGAAGCUGACUGGGGAAGACACUGGGGAGUACAGCUGUCAGUCGGCUGCUGCCAAGACCAAAGCCACUCUCACUGUAGAGGUUCGGAAAGUGGAGAUCACCAAACACCUGGUGGACACAGAGGUGGAUGAGGACAGUGAUGCAGUGUUCACCUGUGAGAUCAACUACACUGAUGAGGAGGUGCAAUGGCUACUCAAUGAAAAAGCACUCUUCUCCAACGAGGUCAACACCAUCACACACGUGGGCAAAGUGCACAUGCUCACACUCAAGAAUCUGGCACCUGAGGAUGGGGGCACCAUCAUUUUUAAGGUCAGGGAAAUCAAGGAGGUUGUGACCCUAAAAGUCAAAGAGAAGCGUGCAGUGUUCCUCAAGUCUCUAGAUGACGUGGUGGGAGAGGUGAAAGGUAUGAUCACCCUGGCUUGUGAGGUCUCCAAGCCCAGGGUCUCCCCCACCUGGAGGAAAGAUGGUACGAUCCUGACCACUGGCUCUAAGUAUGAGGUCCUGCACACAGGCAAGUCCCUGGGUGUGAUCAUCAAGGAUGUUACCAAGGAAGACGCAGGGGAGUACAGCUGCGACCUGGGAACUGAGCUUUCCAAGUCAAAGGUCACUGUGAGAGACCUGAGCAUAGGUAUCACCAAGCAGUUGAAGUCCGUGGAGGCGAUGGAGGGAGAGACAUGUAGCUUUCAGUGUAUUCUGUCACGGGAAAGCACUGACGAGUGUUCCUGGACCUUGAAUGGCCAGACCGUGGCUAACGGAGGACGCUUCCAGGUCUCCAGUACAGGUCGCAAGUACAUGCUGGUUAUCAAGGAUGUGAUGCCAGCCGAUGCUGGUGAGGUGGUCUUCAACAUCAAGAACCUGAACUCCAAGACUACCUUAGCUGUUGAAGGCAAAGCUAAAUCUGUAUCACGGGAGCUGCAGAGCAUUAGUGUAGUCUCAGGGGAGGAUGCUGUGUUCUCCUGUGAGGUCACAGAGACCAGGGCCACUGUCCAGUGGGCCAAAGAUGGGAAGGACAUCAGGAAGAGUGAGAAGUAUGAGAUCAGUAAAGAGGAGAGGGUCAUGAAGUUGACCGUCCACAGUGUCACUGUUCAGGACUCUGGGGAAUAUAGUUGUGAGGUUAUCGGAGGGGCCACUACCAAGGCCAAGCUGGAGAUCAAAGAGCCAGUCCACAAGUUUACCAAGGAGCUUAAGGACAGCGAGGUGGAGGAGAAGGGCUCAGUGACCCUGCAGUGUGAGACAGCCCAGCCUGCCUCCAAGGCCACCUGGUCCAAGGGAGGCGUGGAGCUGAUGUCCGGGGGACGCUAUGAGAUGAGUCAGAAGGAGACCAUCCUCACCCUGACUAUCAAACAGCUGGAGGAGAAAGACGGCGGCACUUACACCUGUGACGUGGGCACUGCCACGAUGACGGCGAAGGUGACAGUCAAAGCCUUGCCUGCCAGCUUUAAACAAAAGCUGAAGAACCAGCAGGCCAAGGAAGGGGAGAGUGUCACUCUCUGCUCUGUGUUAUCCAAACCUGGGGUCAAUGUUCAGUGGAAGAAAGGCACUGAGCAUCUCAAAGCUGGAGACAAAUAUGAGCUGAAACAAAAAGAUGCCUCCUGCGAGCUUCAGAUAAAGCAUCUGAAUGUUGAAGACAGUGGAGAGUACUCCUGUGAGUGUGGGGACCAGAAGACCACAGCGACUAUAAACGUCCAUGCGUUACCUGUGACAUUCAAACACAAGCUGGAGAGCCAGGAGGCUGAGGAGGGGGGCAGUGUUACCCUGCACUGUGAGUUCUCUAAACCUGGAGUCCCUGUGGAAUGGAGGAAGGGAACACAGGUGCUGAAGUCUGGAGAAAAGUACCAGAUGAAGCAGAAAGAAUCUGUGAGUGAACUCCUGAUCAGCAAAGUAGUACCAGAGGACAGUGGAGACUACAGCUGUGUGUGUGGAGACCAGAAGACUACAGCCAGUCUCAAGAUUAAGGCCCAACCUGUUACAUUCAAACAAAAGCUAGGGAGCCAGGAGGCUGAGGAGGGGGACAAUGUUACCCUGCACUGUGAGCUCUCUAAACCUGGAGUCCCUGUGGAAUGGAGGAAGGGAACACAGGUGCUGAAGUCUGGAGAAAAGUACCAGCUGAAGCAGAAAGAAUCUGUGAGUGAACUCCUGAUCAGCAAACUAGUACCAGAGGACAGCGGAGACUACAGCUGUGUGUGUGGAGACCAGAAGACUACAGCCAGUCUCAAUAUUAAGGCCCAACCUGUUACAUUCAAACAAAAGCUAGGGAGCCAGGAGGCUGAGGAGGGGGACAAUGUUACCCUGCACUGUGAGCUCUCUAAACCUGGAGUCCCUGUGGAAUGGAGGAAGGGAACACAGGUGCUGAAGUCUGGAGAAAAGUACCAGCUGAAGCAGAAAGAAUCUGUGAGUGAACUCCUGAUCAGCAAAGUAGUACCAGAGGACAGUGGAGACUACAGCUGUGUGUGUGGAGACCAGAAGACUACAGCCAGUCUCAAGAUUAAGGCCCAACUAGUGACCUUCAAACACAAGCUGGAGAGCCAGGAGGCUGAGGAGGGGGACAAUGUUACCCUGCACUGUGAGCUCUCUAAACCUGGAGUCCCUGUGGAAUGGAGGAAGGGAACACAGGUGCUGAAGUCUGGAGAAAAGUACCAGAUGAAGCAGAAAGAAUCUGUGAGUGAACUCCUGAUCAGCAAAGUGCUACCAGAGGACAGUGGAGACUACAGCUGUGUGUGUGGAGACCAGAAGACUACAGCCAGUCUCAAUAUUAAGGCCCAACCUGUUACAUUCAAACAAAAGCUAGGGAGCCAGGAGGCUGAGGAGGGGGACAAUGUUACCCUGCACUGUGAGCUCUCUAAACCUGGAGUCCCUGUGGAAUGGAGGAAGGGAACACAGGUGCUGAAGUCUGGAGAAAAGUACCAGCUGAAGCAGAAAGAAUCUGUGAGUGAACUCCUGAUCAGCAAAGUAGUACCAGAGGACAGUGGAGACUACAGCUGUGUGUGUGGAGACCAGAAGACUACAGCCAGUCUCAAGAUUAAGGCCCAACUAGUGACCUUCAAACACAAGCUGGAGAGCCAGGAGGCUGAGGAGGGGGACAAUGUUACCCUGCACUGUGAGCUCUCUAAACCUGGAGUCCCUGUGGAAUGGAGGAAGGGAACACAGGUGCUGAAGUCUGGAGAAAAGUACCAGAUGAAGCAGAAAGAAUCUGUGAGUGAACUCCUGAUCAGCAAAGUGCUACCAGAGGACAGUGGAGACUACAGCUGUGUGUGUGGAGACCAGAAGACUACAGCCAGUCUCAAUAUUAAGGCCCAACCUGUUACAUUCAAACAAAAGCUAGGGAGCCAGGAGGCUGAGGAGGGGGACAAUGUUACCCUGCACUGUGAGCUCUCUAAACCUGGAGUCCCUGUGGAAUGGAGGAAGGGAACACAGGUGCUGAAGUCUGGAGAAAAGUACCAGCUGAAGCAGAAAGAAUCUGUGAGUGAACUCCUGAUCAGCAAAGUAGUACCAGAGGACAGUGGAGACUACAGCUGUGUGUGUGGAGACCAGAAGACUACAGCCAGUCUCAAGAUUAAGGCCCAACUAGUGACCUUCAAACACAAACUGGAGAGCCAGGAGGCUGAGGAGGGGGACAAUGUUACCCUGCACUGUGAGCUCUCUAAACCUGGAGUCCCUGUGGAAUGGAGGAAGGGAACACAGGUGCUGAAGUCUGGAGAAAAGUACCAGAUGAAGCAGAUAGAAUCUGUGAGUGAACUCCUGAUCAGCAAAGUGCUACCAGAGGACAGUGGAGACUACAGCUGUGUGUGUGGAGACCAGAAGACUACAGCCAGUCUCAAUAUUAAGGCCCAACCUGUUACAUUCAAACAAAAGCUAGGGAGCCAGGAGGCUGAGGAGGGGGACAAUGUUACCCUGCACUGUGAGCUCUCUAAACCUGGAGUCCCUGUGGAAUGGAGGAAGGGAACACAGGUGCUGAAGUCUGGAGAAAAGUACCAGCUGAAGCAGAAAGAAUCUGUGAGUGAACUCCUGAUCAGCAAACUAGUACCAGAGGACAGUGGAGACUACAGCUGUGUGUGUGGAGACCAGAAGACUACAGCCAGUCUCAAGAUUAAGGCCCAACUAGUGACCUUCAAACACAAGCUGGAGAGCCAGGAGGCUGAGGAGGGGGACAAUGUUACCCUGCACUGUGAGCUCUCUAAACCUGGAGUCCCUGUGGAAUGGAGGAAGGGAACACAGGUGCUGAAGUCUGGAGAAAAGUACCAGAUGAAGCAGAAAGAAUCUGUGAGUGAACUCCUGAUCAGCAAAGUGCUACCAGAGGACAGUGGAGACUACAGCUGUGUGUGUGGAGACCAGAAGACUACAGCCAGUCUCAAUAUUAAGGCCCAACCUGUUACAUUCAAACAAAAGCUAGGGAGCCAGGAGGCUGAGGAGGGGGACAAUGUUACCCUGCACUGUGAGCUCUCUAAACCUGGAGUCCCUGUGGAAUGGAGGAAGGGAACACAGGUGCUGAAGUCUGGAGAAAAGUACCAGCUGAAGCAGAAAGAAUCUGUGAGUGAACUCCUGAUCAGCAAACUAGUACCAGAGGACAGUGGAGACUACAGCUGUGUGUGUGGAGACCAGAAGACUACAGCCAGUCUCAAGAUUAAGGCCCAACUAGUGACCUUCAAACACAAGCUGGAGAGCCAGGAGGCUGAGGAGGGGGACAAUGUUACCCUGCACUGUGAGCUCUCUAAACCUGGAGUCCCUGUGGAAUGGAGGAAGGGAACACAGGUGCUGAAGUCUGGAGAAAAGUACCAGCUGAAGCAGAAAGAAUCUGUGAGUGAACUCCUGAUCAGCAAAGUGCUACCAGAGGACAGUGGGGACUACAGCUGUGUGUGUGGAGACCAGAAGACUACAGCCAGUCUCAAGAUUAAGGCUCUUCCAGUCAUAUUCAAACAAGAUCUGCGGAGUCAGGAGGUUGAAGAGGGGGGCAGUGUUACCCUGCAUUGUGAGCUCUCUAAACCUGGGGUCCCUGUGGAAUGGGGGAAGGGAACACAGGUCCUGCAGUCUGGAGAAAAGUACCAGAUGAAGCAGAAAGAUUGCAGUGUGGAACUCCAAGUCUGUGAUUUGAAACCUGAAGACACAGGAACCUACCACUGCAGGACUGGAGACACCGAGAGCUCAGCAUACCUGAAAGUCAAUGCUCCGCCAGUCAUUUUCACUAAAGAGCUGCAGAGCCAACAGGCUGAAGAGGGGGGCAGUGUUACCCUGCACUGUGAGCUUUCUAAACCUGGGCUCCCUGUGGAAUGGAGGAAGGGGGAGGUGGGUCUUUGCCCCUGUGCCAAGUAUGAAAUCAUCCAGGAAGGGCACAGAGCUAGGCUAGUCAUCCAAAACUUAGACCCAGAAGACUCAGGCAGCUACACCUGUGACAGUGGUGACCGGAAAACCACAGCACACCUUGCUGUGAAGGCCCUGCCCGUUUACUUCAAAACUCGACUACAGAAUCUAGAGUGGGAUGCAGGUGAGAUCGCCAUCCUCCGCUGUGAGAUCACCAAGCCUGGGGCCAGCGUUGUCUGGAGCCGGGGCGACAGGGUCCUGGAAUCUAACAACAAGUAUCAGCUGAAACAGGAAGGGGCCAUUGUGAAGCUUAUCAUCUAUAGCCUACAAGGGGCUGACUCUGGGGAGUAUAUCUGUGACACAGGUUACCAGAAGACCUCCUCCAUGCUCACUGUACAGGAGGUGGAGGUGACCAUAGUGAAGGUCUUGAACAGCUGUUCGGUGCACGAGGGGGAGGAUGUCCACUUUGAGUGCCAUCUGUCCCACGUUGAUGCCAAGGAGGUCCAGUGGAAGCUUGCGGACGUCCCUCUGCAGAACAAUGAAAUGAACCUGAUCCGUGCCCGGGGCAAGGUGCACAGCCUCACCCUCAGGGGGGUCACCCAGGCCGACUCGGGCACAGUUACCUUCACCGUGGGUCACCAUACCUCCACCGCAAGCCUGACCGUCCGAGGGGCCCCUGUGGUGUUCAAGAAGGAGCUGGAGAGCCAGGAAGCAGUGGAGGGAGGCAGUGUUUCCCUGACCUGUGAGAUCAGUGCUGAUGGCAAGGUGACCUGGAGAAGGGGCUCUGUGCUCCUCACCCAGGGGGAGAAGUAUUCCAUGGAGCACACAGGUUCUACCUACAUCCUGAUGGUUCACAAGUUAAAGGUUGAAGAUGCUGGAGAGUACACCUGCGAUACCGGGGAUAAGCAGAGCACAGCCACCCUGACAGUCAAAGAGUCUGUACGCAUCACUCGGGAGCUGCACGACAUCACAGUGACCACCGGGCAGAAUGCGGUCUUUGCGUGUGAGUUGUCCCAGGAGGGCGUGACCAACGGAGAGUGGUGGCUGGGCGAUAACCUCCUCCAGAACAACGACCUGAACCAGAUGACCUGCCAGGGCCGGGUACACCGGCUGACACUACAGAUGGUCACCCCCGAUGACUCAGGGGACGUGGCGUUUGUGGUGGGCGAGGAGAAGACCGUUGCUUGCCUACUGGUGGAAGAGAAGCCCAAAGCCUUAAUCCUUGAGAAGCCUCACGAUACAGUGGCCUUGGAGGGUGAGACAGUCACCCUGUCCUGCACUGUCUCCGACCCCACGGCCACCGUCACCUGGAGCAGGAAUGAUGUGGCCAUCAAAGCAGGACUCAAGUACGACCUGCGGAAGAACGGAGCUCUCCUGCAGCUGCGCAUCCACAACCUGGAGAUGGAGGACUCUGGAACUUACUGCUGCGAUACCGGGGAUGCACAGUGCACCGUCACCUUGAUUGUGGAAGGUGCCCCGGCAUUCUUUCAGAAGGAGCUGAAGAACCAGGAAGCCCAGGAGGGUGAUGAUAUCACUCUGCACUGUGAGCUCUCCAAGGCGGGCACUCACGUGGAGUGGAGGAAGGGAGGCGCAGUCCUCCAGGCUGGUAAGAAGUACGAGAUGAGGCAGGAGGGCUGCGUUCAGGAGCUCCACAUUCGCAACCUGGAGCCAGAGGACAACGGCUACUACACCUGUGAUGCUGGAGACCAGCUCACCACGGCGUCAGUGGCAGUGCAAGACCCCACAGUAGAGGUGGUGAGCGAGAUGCAGGACCUUCGUGUGGCUGAGGACCAGUCGGCUGAGUUCAUCUGCCAGUACUCCCGGCCGGUCAAGGCCCAGUGGAAAAGAAACGGACGGCCGUUGCAGCCUGACGGCAGGAGGGUGGUAGUGGAGCAGGACUGGACCGUGGCUCGCUUGUACAUUAGCCGCGUGUCCACUGAGGACAGGGGGACGUACUCCUGUGAGACAGAGGGGACCUGCGUGGUCGCCUCGCUGGAGGUGGAAGCUAAACCCAUUGAAAUCCUCCAGGGCCUGGAGAACAUGGACACCAUCGACGGCGGCGAGGCCCUGUUCGAGUGCUCGAUCUCUCGUUGCGAGAUCAAAGACAGCUGCUGGCUCAUUGACGGCAAGCCGGUGAAGGAUUCGCCAACCACUGAGAUUGUGUCCUUCGAGAGUGGCCGCCGCCACCUGCUGCUGCUAAAGGAUCUGCACGUCGGGGACAACUGCAAAGUGACCUUCCAGGCUGGCACCGCAACGACCUCCGCCAUGCUCAACGUCAAAGGCUGGCAGCUGGAUGUGGUGAGCGGUCUGGAGGAUAAGGUAGCUGUGGUGGGAGAGAAAGUAGAGUUCAGCUGCGUGCUGACUGAACCUGUGCCUGAGGCGGAGGUAGCCUGGUACUCUAAUGGAGCCGAGCUAAAGAAUGAUAACACCUGGGCCAUGCAGGCUGACGGUUGCUCCUACCACCUGGUGCUGAGACAGGCCCCAGCCAUGCCACCACAGGAGAUCACCUUCGCUGCCAGGGACGCCAUUUCCAUGGCCAAGCUCACUGUCAUCACCGUUCCAGACCCCCCGGAGGACCCAGAGCUGGUCAGUAAGCAUAAACAGGGGGUGACCCUGUCCUGGUUCACACCUCUUAGCGAUGGAGGCAGCCCCAUUCUGGGUUACAGGGUGGAGAUGAGGCUGGCGGACAGCGCCCUCUGGCUUCCGUGCCAUGCAGAGCCUGUGUGUAACACAGAGUUCUCUGUGGAUAACCUCAUCCCAGGGAGCGGCUACAGGUUCAGGGUGGCAGCCAUCAACAGAGCUGGGACUGGAGAACCUGUCCAGCUGCCUCAGACUGUUCAACUGGAGGCUCCAAUCACAGUGACCCAGCAGUUGGCCUGUCCAGACUUGCAGGAGGGUAAGAUGGCCCGUGUAGAGUGCCAGCUCUCUGCUGAGGGCAGCUCGGUCACCUGGCUCAGAGACAACAAGGAGCUGGAGUUUGGGGUCAAAUACCAGGUCACCAUUGAGGGCAAGACACAAGUGCUGCUGAUCAAAGACUUUGAGUCUGCUGACCAGGGCGUGUACACCUGUGUGGCCUCAGACGAGGCAGAAAGCUCCAUUAAUCUCAACCUACCAACAGGUGGAGAUGGGGUUAAGUUGGAGGGGGCCCAGCCCAGCCUGCCUCCUGAGGCUGCCUCUGAGGGUGAUGUCCACGCGCUGUGGGAGGCCCUGGCCAAGAAACGCCGCAUGAGCCGAGAGCCCACCCUCGACUCCAUCUCUGAGCUGCCUGAUGAGGAGGACAAGGAGCCCAAAACACCCAAGGAGCCAGUCAAAGCGAAGAAAGCCUCAGAGAAGGUGAACGAAAAGGAAAAGGAGGUUGUGGAGCCUGUCAUCAUCGCAAAGAAGAAGGAGUUGGAUACCAAUCUACACACCAGCUCUGAGGAUGAGUCCAGGGUUCCAACGCUGGUGUCCUACCUGAAGAAGAGCAGCAAGUCCUCCCUCUCUGCAUCCGACCAGACAGAGUCCAUCUCAACUGAGAAGUUCUAUGCACAGACCUCAGUGCAACAGACCACAGUCCUACAGACCUCAUCUUCGGGACAGAAGAUCACAGCACAGACCACAGAGAUCACUGAGUGCGGAAAUGAGGAGGAUGAAGAAAAGGGGCUGCUGGAUGCUGCUGUCAAGAUCCAGGCUGCAUUCAAGGGCUACAAGUCCUGCAAGGACAUGUGUCCAGUCUUCAAGGAUGUCUUCAAGGACCAGACCAAGGAGCCCAAUGGCACCAUCCACCUGGAGUGUGUGGUUGAGGGCAAGCCUGACACGGUGCGCUGGCUGAAGGACGGCGAGCCACUUGUGGACAGCAAACACCACCAUAUCGACAUCUACAACGAUGGCACCUGCUCUCUGGUAAUCACCGCCGUUACCACCAAGGACACGGGCAUCUACACAUGUGAGGUCACCAACAAGUUCGGCGUGACCAUCCACAGCGGCAAGGUGACAGUAGGCUCGGCACGGGAGGCAUCUGGAAGGAGGCCCCUGACCAUGGGCUACAGCGCCGACAGCGAGGCGGAGAGCUCGUCUGCAGAAAGCGAGAUGGAUGAGUCUUUGAGGCAGGCCAGCAAACGGCUGCGCCGCCUCCUCCGCACACGCCUGCCGGCCACGUCGGAGGAGGAGUCGUUCGUCAGCUGUGAUGAUGAGGCUGAGCUGCAGGCCCCCGAGCCCAAAUCGUACCGCGAGGACGAGCGCUACCUCUACAUCCGCUUUGACACGCGGUCUGAGGCCCAGGUGGCGUUGCUGCACUUUCAGGAGAUGUUCACGGCCCAGGGGAUGCCUGUGGAGACCACCAUCCAGGAGGCUGGACCUCUCAAAGUGGAGCUGCGCAUCAUGAAGAUGGGAUACACCCAAGAUGGCUCUGCAACACCCACACAGGAGAAGCAGCUGCCCACGUUCAUGACAGGAGCAACCGCUGCCCCCGUCUUCCUGACCGAACUCCAGAGCCAGGACGUGCAUGACGGUUACCCGGUCAGCUUUGACUGCGUGGUGAUCGGAAAGCCUACACCCAGCGUGCGUUGGUUCAAGGACGGGAAGCUCCUGGAGGAGAAUGACCACUACAUGAUCAACGAGGACCACGAGGGCUGCCACCAGCUCAUCAUCACCACCGUGCUGCCUUCUGACAUGGGCGUCUACCGCUGCAUGGCCGAGAACACCAGUGGCAUCGCUGCCACUAAGGCUGAGCUCAGGGUUGACAUGUCUUGCAGCUCAGACUACGAUACUGCAGCUGAUGCCACUGAGACAGGCUCCUACAUCAGCGCCAAGGGCUACAUGUCAAGGGAAACUGAAGCGUUUGAGUCUGUGGCAGAGGAUGAGCAGAUACCACAAGUACUGGAUGAGCUCCAUGAUGUGCAUGUCAGUCCAGGCUCACCCAUCGCUAAGAUGCAGCUGAAAGUCAAAGGUUUCCCCACGCCCAGAGUGUACUGGUUCAAAGACGGUAUCCCGCUGCGUUCCUCAGACAGGAUCCUGCUGCUGGACAAGAGAGACGUCCACAGUCUGGAGGUCCUGGAGGUGAAGAGGGAGGAUACAGGAGAGUACUCUGCCUACAUCAGCAACGCUGCUGGAUCAGCAUACUCCUCUGCUAGGAUACUGGUUCUGGGUCCAGGAGAGCUCACACCUGUAGAAGAGCACGAUCCCAAGGUGCCUCUGGUGCCGCCACGGUUCCUGGAGAAGUUUAGCAACAGGAAGGUGAAACAGGGAGCCAGUGUCACCCUGUCAGUCAGAGUGGAAGGUUCUCCCACCCCCAUGGUGACGUGGCUGAAAGAGGAAUCUGCUGAGGACGUGUUGUGGAUCAAGCCAGACACUAAGGGCUUUAAGGUGGCCAGGUCUGGGCGCAAACACAGCCUCAUCCUCAUGGAUGCGGGUUCUGAGCACGCCGGCACCUACACCUGCAUAGCCACCAACAGGGCCGGCCAGUCCAUCUGCACUGCCCACUUUGAGGUGGAGGAUGCGCCACGACCAAAGGAAGAGACCAAAAUCCCUCUGGGUAUUACUAUCAGCCCUCCAGAGGAGGAUGCUGCCAGAAAAAUGCCUUAUCUAGGUGAAGUUGGAACAGAAGAGUUUCUUAUGAAGCUCACCUCACAGAUCACAGAGAUGGUAUCUGCCAAGAUCAGCCAAGACAGCGCACAGAACCUUGAAGUGCUCCAGUGGAUGAAAUCAUGGCCCAAAGCCUCCACCUCACUACGUGUCCCGGGAGGCGAUAGCGACGAUGAGACCAAAACACCCUCCGCCUCGCCCCAUCACGGCCGCUCCCACCCCAGCUCCAUUCUCGCAGACUCCUCCUCUGAGUCUGACGACCCUGAUGCCAGGGGAGAGAUGUUUGACAUCUAUGUGGCUACGGCUGACUACAACCCCACCAUCCCCAACAAAGAGACCAUUUCCCUGAAGGAGGGCCAGUAUGUUGAGGUUCUGGACUCGGCACAUCCACUCAAAUGGCUGGUCCGGACCAAACCAACCAAAACAACCCCAUCCCGCCAGGGCUGGGUCUCACCUGCCUACCUGGACAAGAAACUCAAGCUGUCUGCUGAUGCUGGUGAUGUCCCAGAGACAGGUGGAGAAGAGGUCUCAGAAGGAGAGUACAAAAGAAGACUACUCCAACUGAUCCAGGACAUGAUCAACAGCGAGGCAGAGUUUGUCAAAGAGAUGGACUUCUUCACCUCCCACCACGUCAAGCAUGUGGAGAGCCCUGACGCCCCAUCUGACGUCACCAGCCAGAAGGAGGCCAUAUUCAGGAACAUCAACGAGAUCAAGGCCUUCCAUAGCGAGUUCAUGUUCCCUAAGUUGCGCGAGUGCGACACUGAUGACGACGUGGCCAUGCGGUUCCUGAGGAGCGGGGAGGGCUUUGAGAAAUACCUCCAGUACCUUGUAGGCCAGCAAAAGGCAGAGGCCGCUAUCAGUGACAAGACCGUACACCACUUCUUCAAGAAGUAUACAGACAAACAGCAGGCCAGUGCCGACCCUGCUGAAGGGCCUGUAUUGAGCAUUAAUGCCUACCUACAGAAACCUCUGGACAGAAUACAGAAGUACAAGGCCUCACUCAAGGAGCUGAUCAGGAACAAGGCCAGGAACGGUCAGAACUGCUGCCUGCUGGAGGAGGCCUAUGCCAUGGUUUCAUCACUGCCUCAGCGUUCAGAGAACACACACCACGUCUCCAUGAUAGAGAACUACCCUGCCACUCUGGAUGUAUUGGGGGAGCCCAUCAGACAGGGACCCUUCAUGAUGUGGGAGGGUGCACCUGGGGUAAGGUCCUCCUCCAGAGGCCACCGUCGACACGCGUUCCUCUUCAAAAACUAUGUCAUCAUCUGCAAAUCCAAGAGAGAUUCCAACACAGACACCCAGGGCUACGUCUUUAAGAACAUGAUGAAGCUGAACAACAUAGACGUGAAUGAGACAGUGGAGGGUGACGACCGGGCCUUUGAGAUCUGGCACGAGCGCGAGGACUCUGUCAGGAAGUACACGCUUCAGGCUCGCACCGUCAUCAUCAAGAACUCCUGGCUGCGAGACCUCAGGGACCUGCAGCAGCGUUACACCAUGCCCGGCUGGAGUAUGCCUGACUUCGAUGAGCUUCUGGCUGACUGCACAGUGGAGCUGGGACAGACAGUGAAACUGGCCUGCAAGGUUAUUGGAGUACCCAAACCUGUGGUCACCUGGUACAAGGACGGGCAUGCGGUGGAGGCCGACCCUCACCACAUCAUCAUCGAGGACCCUGACGGUUCCUGCACCCUGAUCCUGGACAACAUGACAGCUGAUGACUCUGGACAGUACAUGUGCUUCGCCACUAGCACCGCAGGCAACGCCAGCACCCUGGGGAAGAUCACUGUCCAAGUGCCUCCUCGUUUCGUGAACAAGGUGAGGAAUGCUGUCUUUACCGUUGGUGAGGAUGCUCAGUUCUCCUGCACCAUCCAGAGCGCCCCCAGCCCCAAGAUCAGGUGGUUCAAGGAGGGCAGGCUGCUGACUGACCAGGAGAAGUAUCAGACCUACAGUGAGUCCCGUAGUGGAGUACUGGUGCUAGUCAUUAAAGGCCCUACGGAGAGAGAUCUGGGACAUUACGAAUGUGAGUUGUCCAAUCGACUGGGCAGUGCUAGGUGUGCAGCUGAUCUGUGCCUUCCUUCUGCUGUGACUAGGAGAGGAGAGCAGGCGAUCACCAUCGAAGUCACCGAGCAGGAGACUAAAAUACCAAAGAAAACCAUCAUCAUAGAGGAGACCAUAACCACGGUGGUGAAGAACACCCGUAUGAAGCGUCGUGGCCUGUCUCCAUCUGGGUUCAACCGCUCCCAAACCUCCACCCCAGAUCUCCCCACCACCCCCACGGCCAGGCAGAGGAGGCAGGCUUCCGCCAACAGGAAGACCACCAUCCCCACCCUGUACGUCACAGAGCCCGAGGGGGCCGCAGUGCCCUGUGCUGCGGAGAACAAGUGGGUGGAGGUAGAGGAAAUCAUUGAGUACAAGGUCAACAAGUCGCCCAGGCCCUCCAGGAGAGGUGUCUCCCCAGCCGGGUCGGAGCGGGCGCACACCUCCUCCUCCACCCGGCCACAGAGGUCCGCAAACCCUAAUGACAACAACUCCAACAACAACCUGGUAGAACUGCAGAACCACUCCGAGCUGCAGGGGGCACAGCCUCUGUACUUGGACGACGAUGAGGAGGAGGAGGAUGAGGACGUGGUUGUGGAUGGAUCCGAUGUCGUCCCUGGAAUCAGUGGAGAGGCCUACGAGGUCUCCUCGCUUCUAAUUCCUAACGACCAUGAACACGAAGAGGAUGAGGCCUGGCUAGAGGAGCAGCAAGUGGCUUUCAUCACAGAACCGGAUGACGAAGACAACACACCUAGGAAGCUGGAGCCUAAGAUCCUGACCCAGGGCGGUCACGUUCUCACCCUGGAGGACCUGGAGGACUACGUCCCCAGGGAGGGGGAGACUUACGGCUCCUCCAACACCCGUUCAUCACCUCCCGAGAGGCCCUGCGAGAUCUCAGUGCUCCAGAGGGAGAUUGGGGGCUCUGCUGUGGGCCAGCCGGUGCUGCUCAACGUAGGGAGGCAUGUGGUGAUGCCUAGGGAGAGGCCCAGGCCGGGGUUCUUCAGCCGCUUUAGAGAUCACCUCUCAGGAAGCAUGUUCUCCCCAGCCGCCCCCCACCACAACUACAACCACCACCCCAGUGGAGGUCAGUCCAGGAGGGAGAUUCCCAUCCAGGUCAGCCAUGCCAACCUAGAGGUCAAGCCGUUGUACUGCUCUGAGGUGCAGAGAGUGGAGGGAGUGCAGCAGAGCUACAAAACCAAAGUCUACACAUCAGUGGGCAAGCCAGUCACUCUUCAGAUUAGCAAGAAUAACCCAUAUCAAAACCAAUAAUUUAGUGUGUGAAAAUAAGUAGCUGGAUUAGAACCAAGCAGAUUGUUGUUAUUCUGUGAUACGUACAAUAGCCCUUUUAGUCUUAAAUGGGAACAUUUCUAGUUAAGUGUUAAAAAGCAUAUUCUAACAUUGCAUUUUACUGCAAAUGGCGAAUCAUUCCAUUUUCAAGCAACCCAGCUAAAAGUAAAAUGCAAACACAGGAAGUCAGUCGUUUGGCCAGACAGAAAGUGGAUUUUAAAGGACAAAACAUCAAAAGGGGGUCGGAUAUGUUUAGGCUAAAUGAUUUCCGAACGCCAUUGUAUACUAUCCAGCCUUCAAUUUAUUGCUGCCUUUCUUGACACAAAUUUGAUUUACUGAAAAAUACAAUAAUUAUGAGUGUUGCAACAUGGACUGACACUAUUUUCAAGUUCAAAACUCCAUCUGCUUUACCCUCAGGCGACAGAUGUUUAUCAUUUUAAAUUCUUCGAUGUUAAACUUUUGUCCUGUAGGAGAACAUCAGUGUACAGCACUAUACACUAAGUGUACAAAACAUUAGGAACACCUUCCUAAUGUUGAGUUGCACCCCCUUUUGCCCUCAGAACAGCUUCAAUUUGUCGGGGCAUGGACUCUACAAGGUGUCGACAGAGUUCCACAGGGAUGUUGGCCUAAGUUGACUCCAAUGCUUCGCACAGUUGUCAAGUUGGUUGGAUGUCCUUUGGGUGGUGAACCAUUGUUGAUACACACCUGAAACUGUUGAGCGUGAAAUCCAGCAGCGUUGCAGUUCUUGACACUCAAACGUGCGCCCGGCACCUACUGCCAUACCCCGUUCAAAGGCACUUAAAUCUUCUGUCUUGCCCAUUCACCCUCUGAAUGGCGCACAUACACAAUCCAUGUCUCAGUUGUCUCAAGGCUUAGAAAUGCGUCUUUAACCCGUCUCCUCCCCUUCAUCUACACUGAUUGACAUCAAUAAGGGAUCAGUCUAUGUCAUGGUGUUCCUAAUGUUUUGUACACUCAGUGUAUGUCUCUCUGUUAUUUCCAGCUGAAGUUUAAUGAACAAAGAAUAUCCACAUUGACUUGUAGCAUAUCAGUUUGUACAUAGGCUUACUCCUGUGGAAGGAGAAACUGUUUGUGUCUCGAACAGUAACUGACCAAACCAAUGACUUCAGCAACAAAGAUGGUAUUGUACAGUAAAGAGCAGUCAGAUUUGAAAUGUAACAGAGAAGUUGUAAUUCUGGAAUCCACCCCAAAAAGAAUAACUUUGACAAGAUGAUAGAAGUAUAAGAGCAUUGAUUACUGAAGUUGCUGAAUUGUGUGACACGUUGACAAUGUUCUCUCAAUAGCAGUCACUUGAGAAUGCAGAUUAAAGCCAGACACAUGGCUCAUUGAAUUGUACUUCGGAUUGGGUAGUCUGUCCUCCUAUGCAGAAGAAAGUCUCAAAUGUUUUAAACAUUUCUAAAUGGUCAAUUACAUGUUGUGCAGAGUUGAUACAUUUACAUGAACUGUAUAUCACUUGUGGUGUGGAAUGAUCUAGGUCUACGAUUGUGCUUUACAGGUCUCAUAUAAAAGGGUCUCAAUUUACUUCAGGUUAAAUACAUCCAAAACAUGGAGCUAUAUAGGAUAAUGAAUCUUGUCCUGGGUCAUUUGUUUUAUAGAAAGCCAACUCUUCAUUAUCAGUUUAUUAAGAGCAAUGACCAGUGGAUUGACUUUAGACCAUUUUUAAAGUAUUUGUGAUUACUUUGGAGUAAAAUGUAAUUAAAAUAUGUUUAGAAAAGUGACAGCAUGAUAUGUAUUAGCUGUUUGAAAGCUGAUUUGAGUGUUUAUCGGAUUAACACAAUGUCAUUUCAAUCCUUUAUUCGGUUCAGGUGAGAGCAGUUGCAUAGUUAGGAGUGAGUCAUUGAUCACACUGGAUUUAAGAACUUUGUUUUAAAUAGUGAAUUACUGUUUCCCAAAGUAAGAGUGAUGUUUUAUGUUAUUUUAAACGUCUUGUAGAAGCACUGAAAUACUUAUUUACUGUAAGAAAUUCAACAUAAAGCACAAAUAGGGUUUGACUGCCUGCACAUGUUUAGUUAAUGCAAAUAAAUGUUGAAUAUACCUAAAUAAAUUAAUUGCAACUGAA